AUGACGGGCGGCGGUGAGGCGUUCAACAUCGUCGAGAGCUACCACCGCUUCCUCGCCAACGACCCGGACCUCCCCUUCCCCAUCGCCGCCAUCUUUGCCCUCUCGGAGCUCGUCAGCCGCUCCCGCGCCGCCACCACCUCGGAGCUCAUCGAGACCAUCAAGUCGGCCAGCCAGCGCCUCAAGGCCAGCCUCGCCAACCCCGUCCCUGCCACCGCCGGCCUCGACCUCUUCACCCGCUUCGUCGUCACAAAGAGCUGGGAUGGCGAUGACUUUGAGGCGCACAAGCAGUCGCUCUCUUCGCUGGCGCGCGAGUUUGCCACGCACACGGUGCCGUCGUGCCGCGAAAAGAUCUGCGACCUUGUGCUGCCGUUUAUCCGCGACGACGCCGUCAUCCUGACGCACAGCUACUCGCGCGUCGUGAUGCAGGUGCUGCGCAAGGCGGCGCGGGUGCAGCGCAAGCGCAUCAGCGUCUACGUGACCGAGUCGCGGCCCAACGGCCUCGGGCUGCGCACCCACGAGCAGCUCACCGCCGCCGGCGUGCCGUGCACCGUCAUCCUCGACUCGGCCGUGGCCUACGUCAUGGACAAGGUCGACCUCUGCCUCACGGGCGCAGAGGGCGUCGUCGAGAGCGGCGGCUUCCUCAACGCCAUCGGCACCUACGGCAUGGCCAUGAUCGCAAAGAGCCACAACAAGCCCUUUUUCGCGCUGGCAGAGAGCUUCAAGUUCUUGCGCCUCUUUCCGCUGUCGCAGUAUGACCUGCCGGCGUCGGGCAACAUCCUCGCGUUCCCCGAGCUCAGCGACGACCAGCAGGCCAAGGCGGCCGAGCGGUGCCUGCCCGUGCGCGCGACCAAGGAGGACGACGACGACGAGACGGCGCAACGGUCCAAGCUGAUGAGCAAGGAAAUGGUCCAGCUCAACCCCGCCAUCGACUACACGUUACCGGAUCUCGUCACGUUCCUCUUUAGCGACGUCGGCGUCCUCACCCCGAGCGGCGUCGGCGAUGCCCUGCUGGCCGUCUACGGCGGUGCCGACUAG